GUACUUGUGCACGAAGUUGUCCAACAAAACCAAUGAUCCACAGAUAGAGUACUGAAGGCAUGAUAAUUAAACAAUAUCUAUUGUUAAAAAAACCGGGGUUUAACUAUAUCAUCGAGCACACACCAGAGGAGGCCCAGACAGAGUUGGGAAGCGGACUAUUAAAGAAGCAUCUGUAAAUUUUCUAUCAUGGAUAGUAGAAUCAUAAUCUUCUGUUUCCUUACUUUUCUCGCAGGUGAAAUUGCUGCAUCAUCUCAUGAAGUAUGCCCAGCUACAGUACCUUCUACUGGAGGGGGUGGAGCGCUGCUGUCAUGCUCGGACGAUUCCCAGUGUACCGUACUAGGGGAAAAAUGCUGCAAUGUCACUACUGGCUCCGGAAAAGUCUGCAUCAAAGCAGGGAGUCCGAAUCACCAUGAUGACGAUGACUGUGAUAAAAAAUCAGACGGGAAAAGCAAAGAUGAUUGUCGAAAAGGAAAACAUCACAAGAAGGUCAUUAUAAUCAUCGUGUCGGUCGUUGCUGUCGUCGUCGUUGGUUUUGUUGUUGGAUGCGUUAUCAAAGUGAAGUAUUGCAAAAAGAAGAUAAGUGAUUCCCAAACAGACCUGAAUAUUGAGAAGAGUGAAGUCAAAUUGGGCAAAGAUUACACGCCAACAAAGGUCACUUCAGGGGGAGGAAAACAGAGUGAACAGGCGUGGCUUUCUGUGACCCCGGCCUAUUAUAUCAGCAGUCCUCCCCCAGUGUAUACAAAGACAUAAUAAAUAUAAAAAUAUUAUAAAUGUACAGUAUGAAAUAACUACGGCAGAUGUAGUGACUUUUAGACCAAGCCUAUUUUCUCAAUAUCUAAUUUAAGUAUUUUUCUUUGGAAUUUCAAAGUACAUUGUUAUCAAAUAAUUUAACUGUAAAUUACUUGCACUCAGUGUUGAAUUUUAAUAGCCCUCAAUAAAACCAUGAAUUUA